AAUUACUGUGCACUUGUAGCAUUUGUGUGUAUUCGCAGUAUUCGCUGGAAGUGUGCGGGGGUCGUAACGAAGUUGACAACAAGGUUAACCGGACAUUGUUUGAUGAGACUCAUAAUGAAAAUCAACCACCGGGCAUGACAACCGCCGGACAACAAGCGACGUGGUGGUGUCUGUCUUAAUUAAAAUUCACGCGCGCGUUACUCGCGUCUGAUCUCUCUGUCAAACGAGCUUUGACAGAACCGUCAACACCGUAACCCUAAGAAGGCGGGCCAAGCAUGUUCAGGUAUAUCUGGAGCGUAGUAUAUUGGUACUUCAGACCUCUGAUAAAAUGGUUUCUGCGUCGCACCACGAAGAUGUGCGAGCUCCAGAGGAUCUGCUACGGGCAACCGUCUGGGGCGCCGCGGGCGUUCGCCGUUGAGAAGUCUCUGAAGUACUCGCGCGACGCCAACAUCAGGACCCUCAUCGCGUAUCUUAACGACAUCGCGGAUCACCGAGGAAUAAAUAAAGCCACGGAGUGCAAGAUUCUGGAGGACGCCAUCAGAACCGUGCUGAUGACGAAGCAGAUCAAUCCCCAAGCGCACCCGGACUUUGCUCGAUCGUUCGGCAGGUGCGUGGAGCUGAUCUGGGGCUACCGUCAGCUGUGCGUAGAAUGCGAGGAGCUGCGCAAGACGCCAUACAGUUCGGACAAUCCAAACCACGAGCAGCUCCUGCUGAAGCUGUGGAAUCUGCUGAUGCCGUACGAGCCUCUGGAAGCGCGAGUGACCAAGCAGUGGCAGGAAAUCGGCUUCCAAGGAGACGAUCCGAAAACCGAUUUUCGCGGUAUGGGAAUCCUAGGAUUGGAGAAUCUUAUUUACUUUGCUCAAGAAUACCCCAGCACCGCCACGCACGUGUUAUCUCAUUCGAAUCAUCCGCGCUACGGCUACGGAUUCGCUAUUGUCGGUAUAAAUCUCACAAGCAUGGCUCUCAAGUUACUGAGAGACGGCAGCGCUAAGACUCACAUAUAUAAUUCCUCAAAGUCUCUGCCGACAAUUCGUGCCUUUCAUCAGUUCUACUGUUACCUGUUUUACGAAUUCGACGGGUUCUGGAUCGAGUCCAAACCCAGCAACAUGAUGGAGUUCUCGUCGAUACAGGAGAAGUUCGAGAACAGCAUCAGAAUGUCGCUGGCCAAUCCAUCGACUAUUCUUAGGAUAAAUGUGGCAGUUGACAAUAUUUAAUACAAAUAUACAAAUGCCUUCUUACACGUAAAACGCAAGACCAAAAGGGCUAUAAACAAAAUGAGUACAAGUUUCGGGCUAGAAAAGACUUAUCUUUUGAAUGUGUAUUUUCACAAUGCUAACUCUUUGUUGUGAUAUUAAAAAUUGCAUUUGUGUAUGGGUGAUUGCUAGAUAAGUUUCAAGAUUUAUCAUAGAGACUUCUGCUUGUUAGUAGUAUAAUUGAAAUUUUUAUGCCAUUUGUUCUAUUAUAAUCUUUUUUUGUUGUAAAUUUAGAUAGCUACACAAGUUUUUUUAGUUUUUGUCUCUUCGUAACUCUGUCAGUAGUUUAUAUUAAGUCUAGCUAGGCCACAUUUGCAACAAAGAAGUGCUAGAAUACAAUUGUUUUGCAAAUUUUGUAUUUAUUUAGUUGUUAAAUGUAAAAGAGUAGAUCUGCUAUAUACACACUUUAAUUUAAGUAAUUGUUGUUGAAAUCUUUAAAUAUCUUCAGUGGAUCUGCCGACGUGUACUGUAACGAAGAGUUUGAAUCUUAAAACACCGUGAAAUGUCCCUGAUGAUACUUACGUGCCUAUAUGUAUGGAUUAUCGAAAACCGAAUUACUUCUAAUUGUGUUCGCUAAACAUUUAUGUCUAUUACACAUAUUUACACAUAUUUUUAUGUGCCAUUACUGUGUAUUCAUUUUUGAACGUGGUUUCAAAACUGAAGCAUGGUUUGCAUUCUGUGGUAUGAUACUUUCGCUUUAAUAACAUACGAACGUUUAUGUUUUGUAUAAACAAAAGUAUGAGUGCAAUUAUACGGAAAAAAAACUAUCAGCUUCAAACUUUGAAAAUAUGUAAAACUAUUGACUACAUACUUUUAUGAGCAUUGUCAAAAU